AUGCCAAAAUAUGCUAAGUACGUUAAAGAUAUAGUGGUUCAUAAGAGGAGAUUGACUGAAUUCGAGACAAUCGCACUUACUGAGGAAUGCACUUCGAGGGUCCAAAACAAGCUUCCUCAAAAGCUUAAGGACCCUGCUGAUAGAUCCAUAGCUUACCAUGAAGGGGGGAUUGAAUAUGUGUUGUUGCAAAUUGGGAAAUUCAUCUUCCUAGCAGACUUCAUUAUCCUAGAUUAUGAGGCUGAUGAACAACUUCCAAUCAUAUUGGGUCGACCUCUCUUGGCUACAAGUGAUGCAAUUAUUAAAGAAAGAGAGGGAAACAUGAUUAUGAAGGUGGACAACGAGGAAGCUAUUUUCAAUGUCUACAAGGUGGAUGAGAAACUGAUAGAUCAGAGUGUAUAUCUAGAUGAUUCUCUAGAGAAAGCACUCAUGUUGUUUGAUAGCUUGGACAUUGAUGACAAGGUUGAGGAGAUAAUGCAUAUACUAGAUGCAUCAUGUGUCUACAUGCAAGGAUUAAACGCCUUUGAGCCCUUAAAUAGGCCGAGUGGGCCUCCACCAAAGCCGUCGAUUGAAAAGGCUCCAAAAUUGGAACUUAAACCCUUGCCCCCUCACCUUCAAUAUGCUUAUUUUGGUGGUUCGGACACUCUACAUGUUAUUGUUUCCUCUGACUUGUCUAAAUUGCAGGAAGAAAAUCUGUUAAGAGUGCUACGUGAGCACAAGCGAGCUAAUUGGGUAGACGAUGUCUGA